AGAUAACAAUCCCGAAGUUCGAACAACUACUUUUUUUUAGAACAAUUAAAAUAGAAUCUCCACAACACCCCUAGUCCUAGAUGCACUGCCGACCGAGCCCAGAGACAGUUUCUGGCUUUUACAGGCACGCAAUUUAGGGUUCGUGUUCUGACGAUUUAGUUUUUAUCGAGAAAAUGUCAGGGUAUGAGAAUGUUGUUGGGGGUAAGCUGAAGCUCAAGGGAAAAGCCCUGGAUGUCAAGGCUGGGGGGGUGAAGAAGAAAAAGAAAAGUAAGAAACAUCAGGAUCAGCUUUCUGAAGUUACAGAAAAUGAACUUCCAGCAGGUGGAAGUGCAGAUCUAUCAGCUGAUCCCAAUGAGGAUGAUGUAAAUGAUGGAAACAAAUUGAGCGAGGAUGGAAAGGCUGGUCAUUAUGGUGAUCAUCUCACUCCUGCAGAAAGGCGAUAUAUAGAGGAGAGGGAGAGAAUUGAUGUUCAUAGAUUGGCAAAGACAGCUAAUAAAUCUCACCGUGACCGGAUUCAGGAUUUCAACCAGUAUUUGGCAAAUAUGAGUGAACAUUAUGACAUUCCCAAAGUUGGUCCAGGAUGAUCCGGGAAAGUUUAUGAGUUUGAAGAACAAGGGAUCAACCUUUUGUUUGUCACUGUAAUGUCAAUGCUACAUGUACACAUUGUGGUUCCGACUCCCUAUUUCCCUGGAUUUAUGCUUUUGUUUAGUGACUGUUGAUACACUCCAGGUUAUCUAGGUUAUCUUUUUUUCCCGUA